AAAUGUAAAUGAGUCACAAGUAAAUCCAUCAGAAAAUGCUGAUCGUAUUUUAUAUGCUGCUGGGCUUCAGAGCUGGUCGAUGCACUGAUUAUGUGUUUUUUGGAACGAAGACUAUUGGUGUUGGAGAAAAUGUGACCCUGACAUGUGCGCGCCCGACAUCUGAAUAUGAAGCAAACUUGUAUUGGAUCAGGAUUGUUUCUGGAAGCUGGCCUGAAUUCUUGGGAGGAACAUUUACCUUUGAUUAUGACGGUGUUAACACCACUCCUCACAUUACAGCAAAGCAAGAACCUGGAACCUUUAUUCUGGAAAUAAGUCAAACUAGGCUAAGUGACACUGGUCUUUAUUACUGCAUAAAAGUGGACCAACUGGACAUGGACUUUAUAAAUGCAACAUUUUUAAAAAUUAAAGGGCCAGAGACGGCUAUCACUGACAUCAUUCAGAUGCCUCAAUCUGGUCCCCUCCAUCCGGGAAACCCAGUGACUCUGCAGUGUUCAGUCCUCUCUAACCCAGAGAACAGUGCAUGUCCUGGAAAUGACAGUGUGUUUUGGUUCAGCACGAGAUCUGAUAACUCUCACCCCAACUUGAUUUAUGCUGAUGGAAACAGUGAUAAAUGUGAGAGGAGUCCAGAGGCUUCCUCCACACAGAAAUGUGUCUACAGCUUCUCCAAGAAUGUCAGCUCCUCUGAUGCCGGGUCGUACUACUGCGCUGUGGCCACAUGUGGACAUAUAAUUUUUGGAAAUGGAAUAAAACUGGAUGUUAAAGGACUCAACAUGUGGGACUUGCAAAAGGCCAAUACAGUUCUAUUUAUAUUAUGUGCUGCUUUGGCUACAAGUCUGAUCGUUAUAGCCUUCCUGAUUUAUACCAUCAAGAAGAAAACAUCCAGUUGUUGGUGUGAUGUUGGGACAGGGAGUGGUGAUCAGCAGAGUCAGCAGACAGUAGUUGUUUACUCUGCACCAAACAUCACUACGAGGAAAAGCAGCAAAUUACCACAAAGGAGUGAAAAAGCAGCAGAGGGGGGGACAGUCUACACUGAUGUCAGUGCUUCUGCAGUCGAGUAACUACUGUUAUUAGGGUUUACUAUAUUUUUUAUGACAAAUGCAAGUGUGAAAUGCAUUUCAAGCUCCAUCGUGGGUUUUAUUUAAAUUCUGAAACAAAAAAUACAGUUAUAUUUAUUGAAAAAAUAAAUAACAUAUUAUAAUAAAAUUAUAUAUUUGAAUGUUAUCACGUUUUAAUGUCAUUCUGUUAUUUUCCACUUUGUUCUGUGAUGAUCUUUUAGAAAAGGUAGACAGUCAUAUAUAUUAGAGAGUCAACCACAUGUACACAGUCAAAAAUUAAAGUCUAGAAUUGUCUAAUUGUGGAAAA